ACCGCUGCACGCAAGCGGUGACAGCGCACACACUCCUCUGGGCGCGUUCACAUACACACACCCCCCGCCCCACGUGGGCACGGGGGGGGGGCGCCCGCUCCGCUGCUGUGACACCCGAGCGAGCACAGAGCCUAAAGAGAGAUAGCAGCAGCAGCAUGGCGGGGCUGCUUCUCCCUUUCAGGGGCAGCCGCUGCUGUACUGCCACGGCCGUCAAUAUUAUGCUCGGGGUUUUCCACGUCUUGCUGCCCUGCUUUCGGCAAGGAGGAGGGCAAGUGAUCGAGCCAGUCCCCAGCAUGGUGGAGCUGUGGCAAGCUGAAGAUGCUGAGCUCAUGCUGUCUUCUCAGACUGAUUCCAGUCAGAACACAGGGGAGCAUUUGCAAGAGCAAAAUAUGGCAAGGCCUAGUGGGAGGGCCUUACACCUACAGCCUUCUGUAUUAGAUUUUGGAACCCAGUCAGUGGGUCUCCCUAAAGCUCAGUCGUUCUGUGCUUUCAACCCUAGUAGGGACACUGAUAUUGAAGUGGAUUCAGUGUUUACAAGUGGUAGAAAUUUCCAUGCGUCUCCCAUACAUAGCAUGGUCAUCCCAGCCAGAGGGAAAUCGUCAUUCACAGUUGUUUUCCUGCCAGAUGAAGAAGGAAGCUUUGAAGGCUCUUUAUUUAUAAAUACUACUACAAAUGGCAUUCUGUCCUAUCAGGUCUUUGGUCAGGGUGUACUUUCUGCUGCCUCUGAUGACUCCAUGCACUCUCUUCAAAACACAGAGGUCCUGUUUCCACGGAUUGCAAAUAUCCAUCUUUCACAAUCGCAGGCAGAAGCCAUAAACUCCAGUGUAUGGCAGGUUCGUUUGAAGUGCAUUGUUCCCUUUCGACAGCAUCAACAUUGCAGGAACUGCUUCCUGUCUGGGCACUCACUGCUGCUGCAGGUCUACUUUGCUGUCAGGCUGGAUGGAGGCCAACAUGACUUGGAGACCCUCAGGAAAUACAUAUUGGAGAAUAUCUUUAUGAUCUUUGUAACAUCUGAGCAAAAUGAUGAUUCAAUGGCUAUGUAUGUAUUGAACUCUGGGAAUGGCCUGGUUCAUAUGCAGGAUGUCCAUCAUUUUUUAGGUGAUACACUUUCUGUCCAGUUUGAGCCCGUGAUGCUUUUAAGCUCUUCAAUAAAUUUUACGAAAGCAGCCACCAUCGUUUGCUCAGGAGCCUCACAAGAGUCUAAUUUUGUCUGCUCCAAAGAAAAAAAGCUGAGUGUUGUACAAGUUGCUUCCCCUCCAUCUCUGUGUAUUUCUCACAACAUAACAGAAGGGUACCUGCCUUUUGAUACUUCAAAAAUAAAAUUUUACAUGCAGCAACUUCAGGACCCUCUUGGAUUAUGGUCCAUGUGGCUGGAAAGUAAUCUAAACUUUCAUAUAAUUCUCAGUGAUGUGUUUGUGCCAGAACAAGUCAGGGGAAUUUUCAAGAUACUUAAUUUCACUCACUCGUUAACUUUACCUUCUGGCUGUUGGAACAUAUUUACAUGGAAGAUCCAAGCCAAAGAAUUGCCACUGAAUUUCUUGACCAACAUAAUGAUUGUCACAUCAUUAGGUGUUACUUUUGAGAUUCCUGUGCUAAUCCAGUAUGCAGUGAAUACGUCUGCAAACCAGCAUCUUAAAACGUUUGCACGGUGUGGAGUUCAUCCCCUUAUCAGGCGCUUGUCUUCUGAAGAAAGUGUGCGCUGGCAACGUAGCCUCUCCCUUGGAAUGUCUGCCUGGAGUGUAGACUACGAGUUGGGGUCUGAACUCUAUGCAAAGUUUCAAAAGAUGCAUGAUGCUGAUACAUGCAGGAGGAAGAGCAUAGAGAAUGGCAGCAAUACCCAACAGAAGAAAGAUGUUUUCCUGCCCCAAUUAAUUGCUGAGCCUGAUCUUGUGAACUUCACUGCACUAAGUAACAACUCGGUGAAAUAUGUUAUGCUGAAGAACCCAUCUCCUUUUCCAGUAACAGUGCAGUUACUACCCCUCUCUCAUUACCCCAACCCUCAAGCUGCUCUCAGCCUUCUUGGCAAAUGGUAUGGUGCAAAUGAGCAAGAGAUUGACUUUACAACAGCAGAAUUCAGGCUGCAAAAAGAGUGUGACACUCAGGUAAUGUAUGAAAAAUCUCAGAAGUGCAGUAGUGAAGUACUUGAAUUGCAUUUACCAGCUUGGGAAUGUCGGCAAGUUGGAAUAGUCUUUGCACCUCUAGAUUACCGAAAAGUUACCUCAUACAUAAUUGUCCGGAACAAUUUGACUUUUCUGGACAUGAUCACUGUUGAAGGUCUUGGAGCGAGGGAAUUGUUGCGUGUUGGAGGGAGACUGCCAGGAAUUGGUGGUUCCCUGCGAUUCAAAGUCCCAGAAUCUACACUAAUGGAUUGUAGACAUCAGUUAAAGGAUAGCAAACAUAUUCUGUCAAUCACAAAAAUGUUUAAGGUUGAAAACAUUGGUUCUCUGCCCUUGACUAUUGUGGCCAUGAAAAUUAACGGAUACAACUGCCAAGGUUUUGGUUUCGAAGUUCUAGACUGUCGCUUGUUCUCUCUUAGCCAGAAUGCCUCACGGGAAAUCAGCAUUGUGUUCAUUCCCGACUUCACAUCAUCCUGGGUAAUACGUGAGCUCACACUAGUGAGUGCUUCCAAUCUGGAGUUCCGCUUCACCCUCAAUGUGACUCUCCCUCAUCACCUGUUGCCACUGUGUGCAGAUGGAGUGCCUGGCCCCAGCUGGGAAGAAUCUUUCUGGAGACUAACCGUCCUCUUUGUUAGUUUGUCUCUUGUUGGAGUUGUUUUAAUAGCCUUUCAGCAAGCACAGUAUAUCCUGUCAGAUUUUAUAAAGAUAAGACAAAGAAACAACUCCAGCUCAUUCACCCAGCAUAGUUCUAGUGCAGUUGAUACCAUCACCUCUGAAUCCUACAGGGGCAGCUGUAAAAGUUUUACUGACUCCAGCAGUCCUCCAGAUAAAGGAAAAGGAAAGGGCUACCUGGCUGUUGCUGCUGCUGCACCGGUCCGCAGCCAGAAUGCAUCCAAGAGGGGUCCUGCUACGUACAGCCACUCACAGAAGAAGCAGCACAAGUGCUCGGUGUAUUACAGCACAAAGCAGAAAUCGAGCAGUGUGGCCAGUAAUACAGCAGCUUGUGACAUAAGCCAACAGAUCAGUCCAGACAUGAGACCCCCCUCGCCAAAGGACUCUGCUUAUAGUAACACUCUAGCUGACAAGUGGACAGAUGUAGACAGCGUGGAUACGGGUAACCAAAAGCACUUAAGUGGCCCAGACAACAGUCUGUGUAAAGAACAAUCUGCACUGCAAACCCCACUUCUCCCACAAAGAAAUGCAUAUGAAAACACUUUUAAGGAGGAGCCAAUAAUAUGUAUGUUUCCUAUGGAAACGACUUGUAAAACUUCAGAAAGCAUGACUGAGCCUAAACAACAGAACUUUUGUGGUUUCUCUCCUGUAUCUGGUAAAUUACCUGAAGACCUCAUGUCCAGGAGUCAGCUCAAGUCACAUACUGAACCACCGCUUGUUCCUCGCAAGUUGGAGGGAAACAAGCACCGUGUAACCCCCACAGCACAUAAGGAAUGUGUUGAAACACCCAAAAAGUCAACAGACAGAGAAGUUUCUGCGGAAAAGAAUCCUCAAAACAGUUUAAGGGAGAAGAGUUGUGGUAAACCAGAUGUGUCCCCAACCAAGCAGGAGGAGCACUUUCGCAAGAAAAACCCAGCAGAGAAGAGAGAUGGUCUGUUUCCCAAUUUAAAUUGGAAUAAAAACAGGACUUGCGCUAAGAAAAAUAAAAAGAAAAACAGCGUCUUUUCGGCAAGAGUUGCAGAACAAAGUACUUUGAAACACUGCUAUCAAGAUGUGGACAGGCCAGAGCUGAGACCUACAAACAGAGGGAAAACGUGGAAUGCUUUGCCAAAUGGUGACGUCUGCAGGGUAGACCCGAAAAACAGCAGAAUGCCACCACGUGGAGAUACAGAAUGCUAUCAAAUUCUUAAGAAGAAAUCUGUUGAGAAGUUUUCUUCGGACUCUAGCUCUGAGUGUGGCAGUUCUCGUGGUAGUGUGCGUGCAAGCCGAGGCAGUUGGGGAAGCUGGAGCAGUGCUAGCAGUUCUGAUGGAGAUAAGAAAACUGCCAUUCCCAACAGGCUCUACUUCCCGCAGAGAGAAAACAUCUUGCAUAGUAGUUUCCCGGCAGAGAACCCUAUUGCUUUAAAUUUGUCACACAGCAUUUGUAACACAAGUUCUGACUUGAACGCCAUCUCUCACUAUCCAGACAUCUUGUCUCCACCCUUUUCUGAGGCUUCAGAUGCAGAAAAAACUAAAGGUCUGUAUGGGCAGGAAGAUGUGUGGCCUGCACAGCCUGUGUGUCUAACCAAUGAUCUAAACUACAAUCUUGAGAGCGCAGUGACGUGUGUAGCACAGGAUCCUUCACCAGUACAGAACAGUUUCAUCAAUUGGAAUUCAACACGUGAUGGGCCCUUUCCUGGCAUGUAUGGCUCACUGGAGUUCAAUGACUUUAACGCUUAUAGUGAAGAAAACAUGAACUACCACAAUGGUUUCUCGUGCCCUGAAGUCCAGAAUCCGGCUUUCAUUGAUCAUUGUCAGUCUACCUGGAACAUGAAUCCACCAGAAACGCCACCACCGCCUCCACCUGCACCUUCCAUGCCAAACUCCUGGGAACCAGCAAGUUAUCCAUACCUCUCCAGCACAAGAAGUUUGUCUCCCAUGUCUGGACUGUUUGGAUCCAUCUGGGCUCCACAGAACGAUGUAUUUGAUGGCUUCUGCCCUGUUAGUGGCUCCCCUCCACAUUCUGACCACAUUGGAAGUCACUCCAUGAUGUGCAAGCAGGAGUAUUCUUCCAGAUUCAACCCUUUCCAUGCCUAUAUGAAUCUGGACAUUUGGACAUCUGCCAACAGAAAUGCAACAUAUCCAGUGUCUAGGGACUCUGGAUACUGUGGGAACAUGUGAACAGGAUAUGCGUGCAAACCAAUGUGAUUAGUUGUAUGUGCGGUUUUUGGUCACUAGAGUGAGCAAGUCGAUGGAAUAGGAUACAAUGUUGGUGAAUAUUUUGGCACUUUUUAU